CCACCGAUCCAUGACCAUGGGCGACAAGAAGAGCCCGACCAGGCCAAAAAGGCAAGCAAAACCUGCAGCCGAUGAAGGCUUUUGGGAUUGUAGUGUCUGCACCUUUAGGAACAGUGCGGAAGCCUUUAAAUGCAGCAUAUGUGAUGUCAGGAAAGGCACCUCCACAAGGAAACCUAGGAUAAAUUCUCAGCUUGUUGCACAACAAGUUGCUCAGCAAUAUGCUACCCCACCGCCUCCUAAAAAGGAGAAGAAAGAGAAGGUGGAAAAGCAGGAAGAGAAAAAGCCAGACAAAGAAAAAGAAAUUAGUCAAAGUGUUAUAAAGAAGAGUACCAACAAGAAGACUAAGCCAAAGUCCGAUAUUGUGAAAGAUCCACCAAGUCAAGCAAACAGCAUACAGUCUGGGAAUACAACAACAAAGACCAGUGAUUCAAAUCACACCUCAAGGCCCAGACUGAAAAACGUGGACAGAAGUACCGCCCAGCAGCUGGCAGUCACAGUGGGAAACGUCACAGUAAUUAUCACAGACUUUAAAGAAAAGACUCGCUCUUCUUCCACAUCGUCAUCCACAGUGACCUCCAGUGCAGGAUCAGAACAGCAGAACCAGAGCAGCUCGGGAUCCGAGAGCACAGACAAGGGUUCGUCCCGCUCCUCUACGCCAAAGGGCGACAUGUCCGCAGUCAAUGACGAAUCUUUCUGAAAUUGCACAUGGAAUUGUGGGGGACUUACGAAAUCAGGGUAUGAAAUUCAAAUGCUCCACUUGUCCACCAGGCUGUAGCCGUCCAGGGAAAAAGCUCCAGUGCCACUUCCAUCUCUUCUGCCUCUUCUUGAGAGUCGACAUGUUUUUGGGGACAUCACCUCUUAACAGAUGACACUGGGAUCGUUUGUGCUGGCUGUGGACAUCUGGCCGUCAAGGAAUUUCGCACCCUGACAAUAACUUUUUUGACACUUAUGUAUUCCAUUGUUUUAUAUGAUUUUCCUAACAAUCAUUUAUAAUUGGAUGUGCUCUUGACUCUACUUUUUUAUAAAUCUGCUGUGCACAAUUUUUUUCCAUGAAC